ACCCCCCUCGGAUUCCAUAUCUCUUUUGACUCUAUAUAUGUGGGCACCUGAUAUCUAUGAGGGUUCACCCACCCCGGUUACAGCAUUCCUUUCUAUUGCGCCUAAAAUCUCGAUUUCUGCUAAUAUUUCACGUGUUUCUAUUUAUGGUUCUUAUGGAGCUACAUUGCAACAAAUCUUCUUUUUCUGCAGCAUUGCUUCUAUGAUCUUAGGAGCACUGGCCGCCAUGGCCCAAACGAAAGUAAAAAGACUUCUAGCUCAUAGUUCAAUUGGACAUGUAGGUUAUAUUCGUACUGGUUUCUCAUGCGGAACCAUAGAAGGGAUUCAAUCACUACUAAUUGGUAUCUUUAUUUAUGCAUCAAUGACGAUAGAUGCAUUCGCCAUAGUUUCAGCAUUACGGCAAACCCGUGUCAAAUAUAUAGCGGAUUUGGGCGCUCUAGCCAAAACGAAUCCUAUUUCGGCUAUUACCUUCUCCAUUACUAUGUUCUCAUACGCAGGAAUACCCCCGUUAGCCGGCUUUUGUAGCAAAUUCUAUUUGUUUUUUGCCGCUUUGGGUUGUGGGGCUUACUUCCUAGCCCCAGUGGGAAUAGUGACUAGCGUUAUAGGUCGUUGGGCGGCCGGAAGGUUGCCACGAGUAAGUCAGUUUGGGGGACCGAAGGCAGUUCUCCGUGCACCGGACACGUAGCUUACCGAAUCAGUUGCGACACGGAUGGGAAUGCAUGCUACGAAAGAUAGGGUCGAGUCUGAUACAUCAACCGUCUACUCAAUAUCCUUGUACGAGUUCACAAUCACUACACGAGAUGAACCUUGGUUUGGUGAAUUGAAGUUGGCCUUAGGUGUAAUAGGACUCCCAGUUACUGCGCACGAUCGUAGACUGAGGUGCUCCCCGCCGGUUGUUGGAACGACGCGAGCCGGGCCGGGUCUCGAUUCAGAAAGAUGAAGGGCCAAAAAGUCUAAAUAGGGGGUUACAAAUUCCCCAUCUCAUUGGGGGCGGAAAACGAAUCGACAUCUCGAUGUGAUACAGCCUUUUAAAUUUAUGUUGGGAAAGAACGGCGAAGUCCAUCCGAACCGUCCAAUGAAGAAUAAGAGGAGAGCAAAGCGCCAAUGGCGCGCGAAGCGCAUGCGAAACGGGCGCGGAUAAAAAAAGUUUGGAGGAGAAGCAGCCGAGCUCAUUCCCUUCGCUUCCUGGGCCCAAAGCAGUGCAGUCUUUCCUGGCCAAAUCAAGGAUUUGGGGCUUCUUGCUACGCUACUUAACUAUAUAAAUCCUUUUUUGAGUAAUAUAUAUGAAUAAAAGAUAGAUCCAUCCAGCUAUCCUAUCCGAUUUCUAUUUUUAUAAAAACAAUAGAAUCGAUUUCAUUCAACGUUUGAUUCAAAGAACUGUGCUUAGCCCCCCCGCUCAUGAAACGGCUCUGCUGCAAUGGAUGGCAGAGGGUCCGUAGUACCCGAAGCACUGGAGUGAUCCAGUAGCCGGGAAGGGGCCUAGAAGUGCCUACUACUACACCACACUACACUUGGCUCUACACAUUUACAGAGCUAACCCCUGUCCAGUGCCUGGCAGAGCUAAGGGGGCUUAAAUCCUUACUCUUUAUCCCCAUCUUCGCCCAGGCUAACGGGGCCUUACUUAUUCAGGGGGAGAGUGGAGCCUCGAGAAGCACUGUUGAGAGGAAGAUCCUUGGCCCCUCUUCAUUCUCUACAGGGUUCCAAAUCUUUAUUCAACAUAGGUGACAACGAGCGAGGCAGAGAUGGAAGAGAUAAAAGACGAGAAUAAGAAGCAAGCUCGCCUUCCUUUUUAUUUCAUCAUUUUUAUAGAGGGGGAUGGAGAAAGUGGACAAAACAGGCUCGCAUUUCCCAGUCGAAAAGAUGGGUUCCUUUUUCGUCUCGCAUUUCUCAUCGAACAAAUACAGGAAAAGAAUCAUAUUGAAAACGAGCCUAACCCAACCCCUUUCUUCGUAGAGCCGUGUAUUGUAAGUGAUCCGAACCUGCCUGGAGCGAGCCCCCCAUAGAGGCAAGUGAAGUUGGUGAGCCGUAUGAUGGGCAACUAUCUCCUGCGGUUCGGAGAGGACUCAGCUGUUAGUUAGUACCCCCUUGGUUUCGGGGUGGACCCUUUCACUCUAUUUUAUUAUAUACGCUUAGCGAAAAGAAUGUUUUUUGAUACACCUAGGACAUGGAUUCUAUAUGAACCAAUGGAUCGUGACAAGUCGUUACUACUAGCAAUGACUUCCUCUUUCAUUACUUCAUUCUUUCCAUAUCCCUCUCCUUUGUUCUCAGUUACUCAUCAAAUGGCACUCAGCUCAUAUCUUUAAGUUCGAUCAUUGACAAGGUUCAAAGAAAGGGUGGGAA